UGUUGGUGAUCCUGCAGAGUUCAGCUGAGGCAGCCCGGAGCAGCCAUCCCAGACUGAGUCUAUCUCACAGAGAGCUGUGGGACCUGAACAGGACCUGGGUGUUCCACGGCCAGCGGGGGGCGCUGGACCUGCGCACCAUGCUGCUGGAUGAGUACCAGGAGAGGCUGUUCGUAGGAGGGCGGGACACUCUGUACUCUCUGAGCCUGGAGCGCAUCAACGCGGAGCACAAAGAGAUACACUGGCCGUGCACAGCCACACAAGUAGACGAAUGUCUGAUGAAAGGCAGAGAAAAGUCUGAGUGCGCCAACUACAUCAAGGUGCUUCACCAAUACAACAGGACCCACCUGCUGGCCUGUGGGACGGGCGCGUUCGACCCCGUUUGCGCCUUCAUCCGUGUGGGACGCUGGACUGAGGACAGGCUGUUUCUCCUGGAGGCCGAUGCUGUGGAGUCCGGGCGGGGACGCUGCCCCUACGACCCCAACAGCUCUUGCGUCUCGACUUUCUCAAGAGGGGAGCUGUACGUCGGACUUUACACCGAUUACUGGGAGAACGACGCCGCUCUCUGUCGCCUGAGCGACCACAGCCACACCAGGACGGAGAGAGACGACAGGCAGCAGCUGAACGAGCCGAAGUUUGUUGGGUCCGUUGUUAUUCCUGACAACGACGACGGGGACGAUGACAAAGUGUACUUCUUCUUCACGGAAAAAGCUAUCGACACGGAGAGCGGGAACAACGCUGUUUACUCCAAGGUUGCAAGAGUCUGCGCGAACGACGUGGGCGGCCAGAGGAUGCUCGUGAACAAGUGGAGCUCCUUCUCCAAGACCCGCUUGAUCUGCUCCGUCCCGGGGCCCAAUGGGAUCGACACGCAUUUCGACGAGCUAGAGGACGUGUUUGUGCUGCGGAAGAAGGACGAGAAAAACCCGGAGAUCUUCGGCCUGUUCAGCACCACCAGCAACAUCUUCAAGGGCUACGCUGUGUGUGUCUACCACAUGGACCACAUCCGGGCGGCUUUCAACGGACCCUUUGCCCACAGGGACCGCCCCGAGCACCACUGGACUGCCUUCGAGGGCAAGGUCCCUUUCCCAAGACCUGGAUCAUGCGCCAGUCGGGUGAACGGGGGCCGUUACACCAGCUCCAAGGAGUACCCGGACGAGGCGCUGCGCUUUGCGCGGGACCACCCCGUCAUGUUCCAGCCAGUGCAGCCCCUCCGCCGGCGGCCCGUGCUGCUCAGGGCGGACGGCGAGCGGAGGCUCACGCAGGUGGCCGUGGACCGGGUGGAGGCGCAGGACGGCCACUACGACGUGCUCUUCAUCGGGACAGAUGAUUCUGUUGUGUUGAAAGUGAUCACCAUUUACAACAAGGACACUGACACCAUGGAAGAAGUCCUUCUGGAGGAACUGCAUGUUUUCAAGGUUCCGGUGCCAAUCACUGAAAUUCUAAUCUCCGCUAAAAGGCAACAGCUGUACGUGGGAUCGGAGUUCGGAGUGGCCCAGGUGAAGGUGCACCAGUGCGACCUGUACGGCUCGGCGUGUGCAGACUGCUGCCUGGCGCGGGACCCCUACUGCGCCUGGGACGGGGUGACCUGCUCCAGGUACGACCCAGCGGGGCUCCACGCCAAAAGGCGCUUCCGGAGACAAGACGUUCGUCAUGGAAACGCGGUUCAGCAGUGCAACGGGCUGCAGGUGAAUGGAGAGCAGCUCCAGAAAUCAGAGGAGAAGUCCGUGUUCGGGGUAGAAAACAACAGCACCCUGCUCGAAUGCAGCCCCAGAUCGCCGCUGGCCAAAGUCCUCUGGUUCAUACAACGAGGCGCUGACAAGGAGGAGGUGAGAGGGGACGAGAGGGUGGUAAAGACGCCGCAUGGCCUGCUGUUUCUCAAGCUGCGGAGGAUGGACGCCGGCAUUUACCUGUGUCAGUCAGCAGAGCACGGCUUCAUCCAGGAGGUGGCGCGGGUCUCCCUGGAGGUCCUGGAGGAGGAGCGGGUGGAGGAGCUCUUCCACAGGGCGGAGGAGGAUGAGGCGGGCGACGCCCACCUCAAGGCUCCGCCCUGCCCGCUCCCGCAGGGCUCCGCCUCCAAGCUCUGGUACAAGGAGUUCCUCCAGCUCAUCGGCUACAGCAACUUCCACAGGGUGGAGGAGUACUGCGAGAGGGUGUGGUGCUCCGACCGCAAGCGCAAGAAGCUCAAGUCCCUGCAGCCCAAGUGGAAGUACUCCCACGCACAGGAGAGGCGGGGGAGGGCGAGGGGGGACCACCACCGCUCACCCAGACACGCCCCGGGCACCUGAGGAGCUCCGCCCCCUCCCUCCAAACAGUAAAACUUCUCCAAAUUCAAUCUCACGCCACACAGCGCAAAGGCCUGCCCCUUUUGGGAACAGACUGGGGACAGAAUCCAACCCCUUAACUGGGUUCAGGUGAAAAGCAGUCGAAGAGCUGCAGGGACUCAUCACCUAAAGAAGUAUAAGCUGUGUUUAUGUUC